AUGGCUCCAUUCACCCUCUACACUCACGCCGGCCCCGGCCCAAACCCUGUCAAGGUGGCCAUGGCCCUCGAGCACCUCGGUUUGGACUACGACUGUGUUCCCCUCGGAUUUGGCGAGGGCAAAGGCACCGUCAAGGAUCCCGAGUACACUUCCAAGGUCAACCCCAACGGCCGAGUUCCCGGCCUGAUCGACCAUGAGAACAACGACUUCACCGUCUUUGAGAGUGCCGCUAUCCUACGAUACCUGGCUGAGAAGUAUGACACCAGUGGCAAACUCGCCGGCAACACUCCCGAAGAACGCGCCACCGUCAACAAGUGGCUCGCCUGGCAGGUGUCCGGUCUGGGCCCCUACCAGGGCCAGCUGGUCUGGUUCCUCGCCUUCCACGAGGGUGCCCACGGCGAGAAGCCCAACGGUUCUGUGAUUGCGCGUUACCAAGCGGAGGUUGAGCGCCUGCGGUCCGUGCUGGAGAAGCACCUCGCGUCCGCGGAGAACGGGUUCGUUGCGCUGGGCCGUCUGACCAUCGCUGACUUUGCCAUCCUACCAUGGUUGAAGAUCUCGGUGCUGGCUGGGUCUGCACUCAAGCCCUUUGAGGAAUACCCGGCUAUCAACGCUUACAUCAAGAAGCUGGAUGCACUGCCUGAAGUGCAGGCUGCUUACAAGAAGGCUGUCCCUCCUAUGCAGUAG